AUGAAUAUACUGCAAGACAGAAAUAAGAGGCUUAUUACCGAGUUUAUUCUUGUUGGAUUCCCAUACUUUCAUGGUUAUCAGCCAUUAUUGUUUGUUGUACUUUUGGUGAUUUACUUAGAAAUACUUAUAGGGAACACGGUCAUCUUGACUGUAAUUGUAAUGGAUGCAAAGUUACACAAACCCAUGUACUUUUUUCUUGGUAACCUGACAGUUUUAGACUUAACAUUGACAACUACAACCAUCCCCAAAAUGCUGGCAUUGGUCUUAUUUAAUGACUCCACUAUCUCUUUCAUGGCUUGUUUCAUACAGAUGUGUCUUUUAGAUACCUUGGGGAAUUUUGAAUGUUUCCUACUUUUAGUAAUGGCAUAUGACCGCUAUAUAGCCAUUUGUAAUCCUUUACAUUAUACGUCAAUUAUGAACCAAAAAUUUAACAUUCAGAUAACCACAGGCAGUUUUGUAGCAGCUUGCAUAGUGAAUGUGUCUAUAUCUGUUUUCACAGCUCAGCUUCCUUUCUAUGGACCAAACAAAAUUAGUCACUGCUUUUGUGACCACUUCUUCAUUUCUAGACUAACUUGUGCAGAUAUUACUUCACUUACCAUCUGGGCAAUGUGUAUUGUUUUCAUAUGUGUGUUCACACCAUUUUUACUUGUUGUAUUGUCAUACAUCAAUAUUCUCAAGGCAGUACUGAAAAUUAAUUCUACAGCAGGGCGUUGGAAGACAUUUUCUACUUGCAGCUCUCAUUUAAUAGUUGUGAUCAUAUACUAUGUAUCAAUUAUUGCUAGUUAUUCAUUAUUUACACUGGGCAGUGAUUAUGAUAACAUACAUGCUUUGGGAACUAUAUUUUCCUCUAUUUUAGCUCCUGCACUUAACCCAUUCAUUUAUGCACUGAGAAACAAAGAUGUACAAGAAGCUUUAAAAAUGUUAAUUAGACAUAAAAGACUUAUGGUCAGGACAAUAAUGGGGUAA